AUGGCGAGCGCGGGCUCCCGCGCCCUCCCCAAGAUGGCGGCGGGCGGCCCGGCGCGGCGGGCGGCGGGUCGGAGCCGCACCGAGCCCCGCGGCCCGGCGCUGACAGGCCGGCGGCGGCGGCUUCCCGGGCGCUGUGCGAAGGGGUCUCCGGAGGGUAAAAACCCCGCAACCGCCUCUGCUGAGCCCGCGGGGGAAGGUGCCCGUCGCCAGGAGGAGCGGGACGGCCCCCGGAGGCAGAGCCCGACUUCUUCACACAAAGCAUCUGACAGACGACCCUCAAAGAGGCUAAAAUGUGAAAAAAACAGUCCAGUAAAAUCAGAACUAGAAGGACUUACACGUGGAAGUGCUGCUUUGGGGGAAACGCCUGAAACACCUGAUGGGGAUCAAUGUUCAGAAGGUCCAGGAGACUGCAGUGUAAUUAAACAGAAAAAAGACAAAAGCAUUCCAGAGACUAACACAGAGAAACAGGAAAAGGAGCACAGUGUUUCUCUGGAGCCAUGUGCAGUGAAAUCGAGCAGUUCUCCACCAAAAACGGGCAGCGAUGAAAACCUCCACAAUCACAUCUGCCCCGAGGAGGAGAGCAGCUGUGAGAGUGCCCUUUCGGAGGGGUCCAGCCUGGAGGAUGGAGAUCCCCCGCAGAAGCCGUUACAACUAGACAACAGUGCUUUCCUGGAUGAAGACAGCAACCAGCCAAUGCCAGUGGAUCGGUUCUUUGGGGACAUGGAGUUCAUCCAGGAUCUCCCGCCAGUUCCGCUCCCCACCACCACUAUGAGCAGGCGAGAAUUCCGGCGGCUGCAUUUCAUUGCAAAGGAGGAUGAGGAGGAGGAGGAGGAGGAAGAGGAUGUUGUCUAACAACAAACUGUAAACAAACAAAACCUUUUUUUCUUUUCCUUUGCAACCACGACACGACGGCUGGUUGUGUCACUGACAGAAGGUGUCUGCGUUUGCCUUUUCUCAGAGACAACGGGUAGAGUUUGUUUUUCUGGAAUUGGCAGAUACAGCAUUCUCCCGUGGUUAUCUGAGGCAAAGACUGACUGAAUUUUCAGUGAUUUGGGAAUAAAUUGUAAUUUAUCAUUUUCCCAUUAAUACUUAGGGGAAAAAAAAACACAGGGAAAAUAGAAAUUCUUACUGCUUUUUUAAAAUCUGAGCCCAUAUCUAUGGUGAACAUUUGGUGUCACUCCUUUUUUAAAAGUAGCCAAGAUAACCAUGUUAGAACACAGUCCUUUUUCCUCUAAUUCUGAGCUGUUUGCCAUUGUGGCAUUGAGCUGGAAUGCAGCGAGAGUGCAGACAGUUGGGUACCCAGCACAGAGACAUGCUGGGCUCUGCUGUGUAACCUGUGUCGCAUCGUUUACAUCUCAACCAGCACCAUUUCCACCUCUAAAAUGCAGUUCUGCAGCAGAACUCAAUGCGUGGAUGUCAUUGUGAGUUGUGGUGUUAUUCUGGGGAAGUUCAGUAUGUUUUGAUUGCAAGUCAGUUUGCUGAACACCCACCACGCAAAGCCCACGGCUUCCUUCUCCCACCAGAGCAGGCACAACCAUUGCCUUCAGUAUUUUCAUGGACUUCCAUGGGUUAUGAGUUAAGAAUUUUGUAAACAAAUGCAUUGGUGGUGAUAAAGCAUCUCUCGGUGUUGGACUUGAUCGGUAGAUGAAUGAGUAUUGAUUGCUAAGGAUAUGGUCAAUCCACCAAAUCAGUUAUUCUGGCCUGCGUUUUUCAAAAAUAAUGAGCAACCUCAGAUGAUUUUGGGAGCUGUGAACUCACCCCAUGGUUAUGGUAAUACUUCUUUGAAAGUGUGAUUAUGCAAUAAGCUUCCAGAUCUUUAUUGUUAUAAAUAGUUUCUUCUACAUUUCUAAAAAUAUAGAGAAAAUGUUAUCAGCAGAUGGUUUCAAUAAAUAUUAAUUUCUACA